UCUUAUCUAAGAGGGCGUGUCCGAAACGAGUCUAGUAAGCGAGGGAUCACCUGAGCUCAUCACACCAGCAGCACACAGGUGUCAAAAUGGGCAAAGCUGUUGGACGCUGGGACUUUGAGUGGGUCUAUAACGAGCAGCCGCACACAUGGAGAAGAAAAGAAAUAUUAGCAAAGUAUCCUGAAAUCAAGUCUCUGAUGGGUCAUGAUCCCCAGCUGAAGUGGGUCGUGUCAGGGAUGGUUCUCACCCAGCUCCUGGCAUGUUACAUGGUCCAUGAUCUCUCCUGGAAGUGGUUGUUGUUUUGGGCGUAUGCGUUCGGGGGCUGCAUCAACCACUCUUUGACCCUAGCCAUCCAUGACAUUUCACACAAUGUGGCCUUUGGCACCAAAAGGGCACUCUGGAACCGCUUGUUCGCCAUGUUCGCCAAUCUCCCGAUUGGCUUGCCUUAUUCGGCAUCCUUCAAGAAGUACCACAUCGACCACCAUCGUUAUCUUGGAGGUGAUGGAUUGGACGUAGACAUUCCUACUGACCUUGAGGGCUGGUUCUUCUGUACCCCAGCCAGAAAGGUGGUCUGGCUCUUUCUCCAGCCUUUGUUCUAUGCGCUCCGUCCGUUGGUGGUGAACCCCAAGCCCGUGACCAGGUUGGAGAUGCUGAAUGCAGUCGUGCAGUUUGUGGUAGACAUUAUCAUCUACUAUUUUUGGGGUCUCAAGCCCAUUGUCUACCUCAUCUCUGGCUCUAUACUGUGUAUGGGCCUGCAUCCAAUCUCUGGACACUUCAUCGCUGAGCACUACAUGUUUAUGAAAGGUCAUGAAACCUACUCUUAUUACGGCCCUCUCAACUUAAUAACCUUCAAUGUGGGAUACCAUAUGGAGCACCAUGACUUCCCCAGCAUUCCUGGCAGCAAAUUACCUGAGGUCAAGAGAAUUGCAGCAGAGUACUAUGACUCACUCCCUCAACACACUUCCUGGAUGAGAGUGCUCUGGGACUUUGUGUUUGAUGAUGCCAUCGGCCCCUACGCCAGAAUCAAGAGACAAUACAAACUUGACAAAAAGGAAUGAAUUGUGUAUUAGACUACUGAUCUAACCAAACAUACAAGCUAAAUCCAACUACUGAGAUGCCAGCUAAUAUGUACCUAAGGAAAGAAGUGCUGAGAUGAAAUGAAGUGGAUUUAUAUUGCCUUUUCAUCGGAGGCUUUUUUGAAGACGGAAUAUUUAAUAUUUUAUGCACUGUUGUGUAACUAGAAGUCUUUAAAUAUAUUGUGUUUAAUACAUUCUGUCAUUUGCGAUUUGACUGUAUAACUACGAACACCAUAUCGUUGUGGAAUAGAUUUGUUCAGCCCAAUGUAUUUCAAUAAAUUUCCUUCUUGCAUGAUGAA